UCAGAAUUAUUAGUCCAGUUGCUAAAAUCAUGCUGACACCCUGAUCCCUGUCUUGUGUGCCUGUGUGCUGGUAGAUGCUUUAGGCAUCUGAGAUGCAGGGCAGCAGCCUCAGACUCCUCCAAGGAAGCUGCCUGGGAUGGUUUUUGUUAUCUGUAGGAAUCUCUCUCCUGCAGGAUCCACCCAAGUCUCCACCCAGGCAUCUCCUGGAUUCUCAAGAGCUCCUCUGACAGUGCCCCAAGAUCCUGGUACCAGCCCCAGACUCUUCCACAGAAGCUACCGGAGAAGACUUUUUUCUUCUGCAGGAAGCUUUGACCUCUAGAACGCACCGAGACUCUUCCCAGACUCUGCUGCAGCUGUUUGAGCUCUGCUUUCACUGUCUGAGAUCCCAGCUGGCUGCCCCAGACUCCUCCAAGGCAGCUACCCAAGACGACUUUUCUCAUGCUAGAAGCUCGCUUCUCUGGGAAGAACCCAAACCUCCUCCCAGGAACCUGCUGGAGUAUUUUGACCUCUGCUUUAGGGACAGAAGAUGCUGGGUGGCAGCCUCAGACUCUUCCAAUGAAUCUCCCCGAGGUGAUUUUUCUUUCUGAGUGGAAACUCUGUCCUGCAGGAUCCACCCAAGACUCCUCCCAGGUACUCGCACAGUCACCUCACUUCCUAUAGGAAGCUGAGGCCCCAGGUGGAAGCCCCAGACUCCUCCAGUGAAGCCACCUGACAUGAUUUUUCCCUUUUGGAGAAAACUGCUGCAUCUGGGAUCUACCAGAGACUCCUCCUGCUCUGGUCCUGUCUGGUCCCUGCCCCACAGUGUGUCCCCAGCACAUGUCCCUGUGCCACCGCAGCCCUGGGCCAGGCACCGUGCCCUGCGGUGAGGUCACAACGUCUGGGUUCUAUCUCCUCCUCCUGGGGCUGGUGUUGCCUUGGUUUCUUGUGGAGUUUGAGGGAGGAGAACCUGUUAAGAGGAGAGCGUUGAUCUGGGAGAUCUGCAGCCACGAGGAGGAUGAGGGCGCUCCGAGCUCUCUGUCCAUGUGUGUGUCCCCCGUCCAGAGCCUCCAGUCCUGAGGACAGAGACGGGGUGACGGGGACUGUCCCUGAGGCUGUCGACACCUUUGUGGCCAUUGGGACAUCUGGGCUGAAACAGCUGCAAGACCAUGAGGGCAACCGGGUGGACACAUACCGGGAGCUGGAGCAUGCCUUGCAGGGAGAGGAUGGCUGCUUGCCCGGUGGUGUUGUGAACCGCCUCAUAGCAGAGGCCUCGGGUGACCUGCGAGCAGCCCAGGGUGUGAUGGAUGAUGUGAAGAUGGCCGCCAGUGACUUCUUGGUGGCUCUGGCCCGCACCCACUUUUACUUCGUCAUGGCUGAGCUGCAGAGCCACCUGAAGGUGGUGGGGAAGGUCCCUGAUGAGGCUGUGCUCGUCACCUUGGGCAAGAUGGCUGGCAGCUAUGCCCUGCGCUGUGUCCCCUUCGCGGGAGCGACGCUGCUGGCCCUGCGCAGGACGCUGAGCCGGGCAGGGAGCGGCCGGACCCUGCGCAUCAUCUGCGGGGUUCUGGAGCGAUGGUCCAAGGGCAUCACCAUGUACUUGUGCAGCCAGAAACGACACCCCUUUCCUCAGAGCAGGGCAGCACAGCUCUGUGGAGACCUUUACCCGCUCUUCCAUCACGCAGUGGUAAAUUGGCUGGGCUGCAAGGAGGAACAGGUGAGAAGUGCUGCUUGCCACAGCUGGGGCCACAGCGGGGGUGUCCAUGUCAGUGGGUCCGUCUGUGCCCCUUGGGGUCAAGCAGAGGGAAGCGGGGAAGGGAAGGGGUCUGGGGGGAAAGCCCCCGAGCGGGGAGCCUGCUGGCACUGUGCCUGGGGCUGGGGCCUCCCUGGAGAGAAGCAGCCGAGUCCUGUGGCCUUUCUGCAGGAGGGGCUGGGCUACCAGCCUGGGGAAACGCUGGCUCUGCUCUGGAGUCCCUCUCCCAUGGGGCAGAAGGGAAAGGGAACCCCUCCCAGUGGGAAGGGCAGACUGGUGUCCAGGGAUAAUCGGGCUGUCCUGGGUGCGGUGGAGGCCAUGGUUGGUGUCCUUGUGUGUGAGGAGCGGCACUGCCAGCGUGCCCGGGAGCAGCUCCUCCGGCUCCUGCGCCAGCACCAGCGGGUCCAGGACACCUCCCGUGUCACCGAGGUGAGGACUCGCGCAGGGCCCGGCGUGGCUGAUCGAACCUCGGCCACGUACUGCAGAUGCUGGGGGGAGGUCAGACCCCAACCCCACGGGGCUCAGCUCUCGCCCCCCACACCGCUGGGCACCACCAGCUCGGGACAUUCUGUAGUUCUGUGCUUGGAAGGGGCUGGGGGGCAGCCUGGUUCCCACAGCGAUUUCCCUCUCGGCCAAGCUGCAGGAAGAGCAAGGGAGGGGAGGAAGGCAGAGAGCACCAAAUCUUUUCAGUCCCUCUCAAGGCCGAUGCACAUUUCUCUCAAACGACCCUUGUUCCCACAGGUCCCUGAUGUGACUGAGGAGCCUGGGCCAGCCCAUAAGGCGAAGCCAUCCCGCCCCAUGACGCUGCAGGCCCGAACCUGCCCCGCAGCUGUUCUGCGGUCCCAGCUGAGGCACGGGAGCGAGGCCCAGCGUGUGGCAACCCUGAGCCUGCUGGGAGAGCUGGCCCGCUCUGACGCUCCUGUAGCAAGGAAGAAGCUGCCCCAGGUGGUGGCAGCUGUGCAGCUGGUGUGCAACGACCCCAGCGCCCAGGUGCGGAGGGCAGUUCUGGAGUUCAUCUGGGAAUUGCUCAGCUCCGACUCCCAGAGCUGCUGGCCACGGGAUGUGGUGGGGCACAUCUUCAGCGAGUACAGCCGGAGCUCGGGCAGACUGGCGGCAGGAGGCCUUUUUGCCUGGGAGCCCCAGGAGGACAGAGCUCUUCAGUCCCUGUGCGUGGACAUCCUGGGCUCGCUGGAUGUCACUCGGAGAGGGAUGUCCCAACUCCUGUGGCCCAGGCUGCUGCAGUACGUGGUGCCAGCCCAGUACAGCGGCGUGCUGAUCCCGCUGUCCCGCGGCCUGCGAGCCCUGCUGGAGAGACGGGAGAGAGCGGGAUGUGAGGAAGAGGAGGAGCCCGAUGCUGUGGACUCGCAGGAGCAGGGUAGGAGCCCCAGGGAGUGCUGCUGGGUUUGGAAGGGGCUCAGGCCAGUCUGUGUCUCCCUGUGCCCCACGAACCCUGAGCAGGAGCCCAGGAAAAGCAAAGGGCAGAGUCAGGCUCUGGCUCCUGGGGAGCCGGGGGCUCCUUCCUGGCCGUGCUGGAUCUGCCUUCACCCCAUGCGGGGCAGCCUGGGGAGCCCCCGGGCCAGCACUGUGGCCGUGCAGCUGCUCUCAGCCCUGUGUGGGCCACAGGAGGUACGAGGGUCAGGCCACGGCGGGGCCUCUUCAUCUCACCAGCCUUUCCCCCUCCCCGCAGCCCGGCUGCCGGCUCCCCAGGCGCUGCUGGCCCGAACGCUGCCCGUCUCUGCUGCCCUCGCCCAGGUGCUGGCGGCGGCUCCUCACACCAGCAGCGGCCGCGCAGUCGCUGCCUUGCAGCUGCUGCAGGCCCUGCAGGGCUGGAUCUGCGGGGCCUUGGGGACAGCGUGGGCCACCGAGAUCCCCCUCCUGCUGCAGCACCUGGCAGGAAGAGCCGAGAGCUCCCUGGACUCUGCAGAGUGGGAGCAGCAUGUGCUUAAGUUCUUGCGAGCAUCCCUGAAGCUCAUUGAGGAUGAGACCUGGAGCGUGGGCCUGAGCCAGCAGCUGAGCCGGCAGCUGGGCAGCUCUGCCCCCGGCUCCUGGCAGAAGGUUUGUCUCCUGCCCCACACCGGGACUCUGCCCACGCAGGCAGUUUUCACUGCUUCACCCCCAAACUGCGCUUCCCCCCGUGCUGCCCCGGCCUGGCACUGCGGGCAGUCCCGCCUGCUCCUGGGGGAGUCGGGUCAGUCUGGGGCCAGCCCUCUCCUGACAGGUCGGGCUGUGACCGCAUCUCGGGCUCAGCCUCUUCUCGUUCAGCUUUUCCUCUACAAGGCUCUCGGGACAGUGCUGGCAGGUUGUCGGGACCUCAGCCACGUCCAAGGGCAGGUGCUGAGGUUCCUCCAGGACACAGACCCUGCGGAGCUCUCUGAGACCCAGGGGAUGAUUUCUGUGGUGUCCCAUGCUGCUGAGACCCACUUCAACCUGGUCUUGGACACAGUGAUCGCUUUUACCAGAGACAGGUUUUAUGAGACUUCCACGGGCUGGAAGGCACAGCUGCCGCAGGGCACAGAGAGACCUCAGGCCACUCGUGCUGCUCUGAUGUGCGUGUACAGCGGCAUCGCUCUGCGUGCCCCCAGGGAGCAGCUGCUCGCCCGUGUGGAUAGGGAGAUCAUGGGCACCAUCCUGCAGCUCUCCAGAGUCACACAGAGGGAGAUGCAGCUCAAGCUCGCCCUGGUGCAGAGUGUCACUGAGGUCAGCUCUGCCAUCCAGACUGUGGGUGAUGCUGGCAGCUUUGAGCUGUCCUCGAAGCAGGAGGUGACACAGACCCUGCUGGACUGGAUCAAGGAGGAGCCUGCGGACUCCCUGGUGUACGGAGUGUUUCAGGCCCUGGAGGAGUUGAGCAAGCUGAGGCCAGCGCUGAGCAGGGAGGAGAACCGCAGCCUGCUGGCAGUGUGCUGCCAGGCUGUCCUGUCCUCUCCUUCCCAGGAGGGGAUGAAGAGGGGCAGGACGGUGCGGGCAGCUCUGAACAUGCAGCUUCUGCACAGGAGAAGUGUUGAAGAUCUGGGCCACCUCAUCGAGACUCUCCUGGCGGCAGAGGAGCCCUCGGCUGGCUUUGAUGAUGUGUUCCUUGUCCUGCAGCACUGGCUGGGCUCCGACAGAGACUGGGAGCGGGAGAGAGCCCUGCGGGUUUGUGCCCGUGUGCUGAGGGCUUGCAAGGAGCGAGCUGAGCUCACGCUCCUGCCGGCCCCUCUGCCCGGCUGCUGCUCAGGGAGCGGGACGGGCGACCAAGGCGAGCGGGUGCUGGGGCACCUGUGA